AUGAGAAGGGUACGUGGAAUCGGAGACCGCCGGGGAGGCCGGAAUCCAGGUGGGACCGGAGCCAAGGCUGGCGAGAGGAAACCGGCAUCGCAGCACGCCCAGGGCCUCAAGAGUAAGCCGAGUGCUGAAUCCUGGAGAAGGCAGAAGCUGUUGCAGAUUCAUGAAGCCCUGAGCCAGGAUCCAGUAGAUGUGGAGUUUCUUCGAAUGGCUGCCCAGAGUCGAGGGGGCCUACUUAGUGACCAGGUCCGGAGGAAGGUCUGGCCCCGGCUUCUGGGCCUUAGCCCCUAUGACCUGCCACCCCAUCCAGGCCGAAGCCCCCUCCAGGACCACAGAGACUAUCACCAGGUGCAAAUGGAUGUGGAGCGCUCCCUGGCCCACUUUCCCCGGGGGAUGCGCCCAGAGCAGCGGGCAGUGCUGCAGGAACAGCUGGUGGCUGUGAUCCUGGCUGUCCUGAGCGCCCGGCCAGAGCUGCACUAUUACCAGGGCUACCAUGAAGUGGCACUGGCUCUGCUGCUGGUGCUGGGGCCCCGUAAAGCGGCGGCCCUGCUGGACCAACUCUCCAUGCACCACCUCAGGGACUUCAUGGACCCCACAAUGGAUAACACUUGGCACAUCCUGAACUACCUGCUGCCUCUACUGGCCCGGGAGAGUCCUCAGUUACACAGCUUCAUGGAGAGGGCCGAGGUGGGUACAGUAUUUGCCUUAAGCUGGCUGCUGACCUGGUUUGGCCAUGUGCUACCUGAGCCCACCCACGUGCUGCGCCUCAUGGACUUCUUCCUAGCUUCACAUCCGCUCAUGCCUGUCUACGUGGCCGCUGCGGUAGUUCUGCACCGAGAGCCAGAGGUCCUAGCAGGGCCCUGUGACAUGCCGAGCCUACACCAGCUGCUAUCUCGCCUGCCUCAGCCCCUGCCCACUGAGUCCCUCCUGGCCCAGGCCCUGAACCUCUUUACCCAACACCCUCAUUCCCAACUGGCCCAGGAGGUUGCCAUGAGGACCCAUAGCAGCUUAUCCAUUGAGGGCUCCUUCACAGCUCUACAAGUGGCCUCAGCACACCAGCGGCCUGACUGGGUCCUACAGAAGCAGCGGCAGCAGACAGGGUGCCAGAAGCCUUUAGGGAGUAAAGGUGGGCCCAGUCCCCUGCUGAAAGCAGCCGUAUGGGGUCUCUCAGCGACGUUAGGGGCAGCAGCCCUGGCUGUAACACAGACUGCACUGGGCUGGAGCCCUGAACUUCUAUGGAAGAUCUUCUAGAUAGACACAUGAACCAUUGUGACCUCAGUUGGCUCCCAACCAGUGGACUGGCCAUCGCUGGACUGAGCACAGCCCAUAUGUAGCCAUGACUGGAUUGACCAUUUAUAAUAGCAUUGGUAACAGUGGCCAGUUGGACAGAGGACCUGAAGACAUGGCCAGGAAAGGAAGGUCAGACAUUCCCUGCUCCCACCUCCCAUCUCCUACUCCCCAGAGGGAUAGAGGCAUUGGAGAGAGUUCCUCUGAGGACACAGCGCUAGGGGACUGGGGGCAGAAUAGAGGAACCUAUCUGGGCCAGUCUCCUGCCUUCUCCAAGGCAAAGGUGAGCCAUCCUGGUUUUGUACUUGGACCAAUAAAUUCAGAACGCUUGGCUCCCCGGCUCCUGGGGAGUAAGUAUAUCCUCAUCUCUAUCACUAGGCCAAGCCAACACAGACAGGCUAGGGAGGAGGGGGGAGUUUAUCAGGAAACUGUGUGCCUCCUCCAGCUCCUGGAAGCCUGCUCUGCUGCUGCCUCCACAUGGUUGGUUCAGGGAGAACAGCCAGGCACAGGAAUCAUUGGACCUAACUUUUCUACCCCUCCGUGAGGCCUGGUAAUUGAGAUGAAAUGAUCACAGACAGAAAGAAAGAUAGUCACACAGACAAACUGAGGAAAAAAGAGACUAAAAGAGGUCUGACAAACUGAGGUGCAAGUGGACAGAUUCAGAGAGAGAGAGAGAAAGAAAGAGAGAGACUCAGAGAAUAAAACAGCAUCCUAGCAAGUAUGUGGCCAAAAAGAAAAAGAAUGGACCCAGAGAUAAAGGCAAAUAUAAGGGGAGGGAGAGACAGAGA